AUGGAAGACAUGGAGGAAGUAUGGAGGAGAUUGAAGCUGAAUGAUGAGGAGGAUGGACCGAUUGAAAUACAGCAUUCUGAUUCGAGUAUAUUGAAUCUGAAGAGUGAACGAAGUCUGGUUGGGAAGGUGAUUUCAAUGCGUCGGAUUGGGAAGGAAGUUAUCAGAUCUAUGAUGGAGAGAAUUUGGAAGGUAGGAAAACCAGUGGAAUUCCAGGAGAUUGGAAGUAACUGCUAUGUUAUAACAUUUGUAACUCGGAAAGACAAGGUGAGAGUUCUUGAUGGUUGUCCUUGGCUGUUUGAUAAUCAUUUAUUUGUUCUAAAAGAAUUUGAAGGUAAAGUGCAACCUAAUCUGUUUGACUUUGAUCAUGCUUGCCUAUGGGUGCAAAUGUUAAAUUUACCUUUGAAUUAUAUGACAAAAAGGAUGGGAGAGGAGAUAGGAAAAUCGAUAGGGAAGGUUGUGGAGGUGGAUGUGCAGGAAGAUGGCUCGGCUUGGGGGAGAUGCUUAAGAGUUAAGGUGGAGUGUGAUCUUAAAAAACCUAUAGCUCGAGGAAGGACAAUUAUAGUGGAUGGUAGGAGAAGCUGGGUGCCUUUUCAAUAUGAGAAGCUACCUAGUGUCACCACCUAG